UCUUAAAAAAUUUCUACAUAUUUAGUUAAUAAGAAAUAAAUAAUUUUGCAGAGUUUCAUAAUGUCAUUAAAAUUUUGCGGCUUUAAUGGAUUUCAGCAGUUUCCUGGCUGCACAACUAACAAAACUACUGAACCAACAGUUUUCGAAAUUCCACACAUGCAAGGAAACAAAAACGUAUUGAUAAAUUGCUUAUGGUCAUUUAACAUAUUUGCCUGUGAUAAAAUUUUGUUAAUUUGUGGUUUUAUUGAUGGAAAUUCAAAACAGGUUACCAAAAUAGAGCUCGAAGAUGAUAUUAAACAAAUAUGUUCUAACGAGAAAAUUUGCUUAAUUUUAUUAAAAAGUGAGAAGAUGUUAAAAUUUGAUUUGAUGAAAAAGUCAUUGAAUGAGGUAAACUUUCGUAUAACAAAUCCAGGAAAAAAGCGUUCAAUUUUUGGUGAGCAAAUUUGUAAAUUAGACACCGUGACGCACUUAGCAUGUUGUAUUUCGGCUUUUAUUGCCAUUACUAGCAAUGGUUCUGUUUAUUGUUUGCCAGAUAAGAUUUAUCAGUUUCCAAGUCAUAUGAAAAUUAAGUAUUUAGUAUCUGGGCUUGAACAUUUUUUACUAUUAAACAGUAACGGAGACGUUUAUUCUUGGGGGAAUGGAUCACGAGGACAACUGGGUCAUGUCGAAUUAGAUAAUGUGGAUUGUCCAACAAUUGUUGAUGCUUUAGCAGGAAUUAAAAUAAUAUACAUUUCUGCCGGAGGUUGGCAUAGUGGUGCUAUAUCUGCUUUCGGAGAUCUUUACAUUUGGGGUAGUAAUGUUCAUGGCCAGUUGGGAAUCUGCUGUAACAAGACAAGUGUUUUAAAUCCUGAAAAGAACAUUUCUAGGAAUCCUACUCUUUAUCCUUUACCAAAGAUAGUAGAUAUAGAUUGCAACUGUUGCAAAGAUAAAAAUGUAAAUGAAAUCAAUGACUGUUGUGCAGUUAGUAUUAAAUGUGGAGUUCGUCACACUAUAGUUCAAAUGAGUUGCGGAAUUAUAUAUGGAUCAGGCUGGAACGCUUACAAUCAACUAGGUAUAAUAAAAGAAACAGAAAACAACGAAGACAUUGUAGAUGUAUUUAUUCCAAUAGAAAAUAUAAAUGUUUCUGUAGUAGCUGAGUAUGUAUGUGGUCCUUGGUGCACCGUUUUUAAAUUAAAAGAGGAGAUGUAAAAAUUAAAAUAGUUUUUCAUCUAAACAUACGCUUUUAUUAAUUUAAAAUAAAACUAU